AUGGAUAUUAACAGUCACUGCAAAGGAACAUUUGAAUCUGUUGGCUCCACAGAGUUGCAGAAUGCUGGCAAAGCUGGUUUGGUGCAAAAUCAAGGAAAAAUUUCGGCUGUUUUAGGAACCAGGAUGAUGGAAGGAAGAGAUGGUUGGGCUUUGAAAGCACCUCUUGAUAUCAAGUUUUUGAAGGGUUUAGAGAACAAGUCAAAACUGAAGAAGGCAAUUGGUUUGAAAGAUAUUGAGGGCAAAUUGAAAUCUAUUAACGGCCACACAUUUGAUGAUUUGGAGAUACAAAUUAGCAAGCCUCGUGUCAAGAGCAUUCGUACUGAGUCCGGGUAUCUAGUCGAUUGUGUUGAUAUUAACAAACAACCAGCUUUUGAUCAUCCAUUACUUAAAAAUCAUACAUUACAGAGAAAACCAAGUUUUGAAAGAAAUAUGAAUGAAACAAGUGUGAAGAGUUCGCCAAACAAACUCAUAUAUUGGCUUGAGAAUAUUAGGUGUCCAAAAGGAACCGUUCCUAUUCGAAGGAUAACCAAAGUUGAUCUUAUUCGAGGAAAAUCUGUAUUCAAUGAUCAUAACCUAAUUCAAUCCAUUAUGCAUGAAGCUUAUACGUACCAUGAACCUCCUCCGGAUGAUAUUAUCCAUGGAAUUAAGGGAACUACUAGUAUUUAUAAUCCAAAAGUUGAUAAGGAUCAAUCAAGUUCAGGUCAUUUAUUCGUUCAAGAUGCAUUUCAAAAAUUAAUCAUAAAUGGUACUAAUAAAAUCAUGGUUGGAUGGCAUGUAUCUCCAAAAUUAUACAAUGAUGAUCAUUCAACUUAUUUUUACUCGGCAUGGACUUCAGAUAAUUUCAAAAGUACUGGAUGCUACAAUAUGUUGUGCAAGGGUUUCGUUCAAAUAGAUAGGUCAUAUUACCUUGGUUCACGUAUACGCAAAACAUCUACCUAUGGCGGAGAGAUGAUUGAAAUGUCAAUUUCUCUUAAUAAGGAUCGAACAACCCACAAUUGGUGGUUAACAGUGGCAGAUAAGACUAUUGGAUAUUUUCCGGCAGCUUUAUUCCCCAACAUGGUCGAACCUUCCGGAGUGGGAUGGGGUGGGUCAACAUUAUCUCCUAUGGGUACUUCUAGUCCUUCAAUGGGAUCUGGACACUUACCUGAUAAAGAUUACGUUCAUGCAAGUUAUUUUAGAGAUAUUGGAAUUCAAGUUGAUGAUUCUGGAAUCUAUAAUCAACCAAGUGGAGACAAAUACGUUGAUGCUGAUGCUGCCUCCUGUUAUAAUGUUGAAUACUAUGGAGAUCAAGGAGAAGAAUUUGGAUAUUCUCUUCAAUUUGGAGGACCUGGUUGUAACUAG